AUGUCCAACUCGACCCCCGAAACUGCUACACAAUGCAGGACUUAUGAAUUUGUGGCCUUCGAGCGUCCGAAAUAUCCGAGCCAGAGCAGCCGACCGUGGUCGGACGGGUCGCAAACAAACCCCACUGCUGCGAGAGUGUUUCCUCAAGUUCAUUACCCUCGUUUUGAAGACCAACACGCAGCGACGAGCUCUUCGCAUGACGGUUUGCAUCAGCAACAAAUGAACUGGGUGCUAGUCCCAUCGAUGCGGCAAAACUCAGUCUCAACGCCGUACUUGUCCGCCGAGGCGUCGCAGCCGUCGCAGCCGUCGCAGUUGUCUCAGCCAAUGCCUAUGGUUGGUUGCUCUCCUCAUCCGCCUGCUGGGCUCGUGUACUACCCGCACCCGAUGGCGUACCACGAGUAUGCACAGUACUACAUGCGCAUGCAGCCGUGCUACAUGGCGAUGCCCCACGGUGGGGUACCAGCUGCUGCUCCCGAAGGAGAUGCGCGCGCGCAUCAACAAGACCCGAGUAUUUUGGCGACGGCAGCAACCGAUGCCCAAUCAGCUCCCGGAAACAACCAGCCACCGCGCAGCAUUGUUGGCACCAAUGGAGCAUCUUCCAUGUUGACGUCGUUCGGCUCAAAGCUGCCCCCGAUGGGAGAGCGAUUCGCUUCGACCACAAUUCAGCCUCCUCAAGCCCGGUUGGCAGCCAGCAGCCACGUCCAUGAUCAAGAAAACAAGCCGGCAUUCACGCGCUCUGCUGUUGCUGGAAACGAACGUACGUUGCGCCGGAAUUUCGAAUGUAGCUCGAGCAAUGGCAUCACUCCUGUUUCAAAGCCACUCACUCAAGUCGAGGCUGGAAAGCGCAUUGUCGUCCGCGCUCAUCGCACGACGGUGCACCACGUCCCAGCUCCGCCGCCGCGGGAUGUAGAGCCAGUGUCAGGACCAGAUUCAAAGGCAGCCCUCGAUCCGCCAGUCGAAGAGGGUCUCGAAGCUCCCCUCCAGCAUGAAUGGACAGACUCUGAUCAAGCAACGAAAAUUGCGAGAUCUGGACAGGUCGAGCCGACGGAACAGACAGAACAGACGGAACAGGCCCAGCCACCAGUGCAGACCGAGCGGCAAAUCACGCGAGCGGAUGGUGCGGCUGUCGACUUUGAUCUUGCUCGAAUCACCGCCUCCUACAUUACGCAGCACGACGGCAAGUGCCCAUUUUGUGACAUUGUCGUGUUGAGUACUCGGGGGCUGCGGCGCCACGUUAGCACCAUGCAUUGCAUUGAAAGCAAGCCAUACGCGUGCGCUGAUUGCGCCGGGGUUUUCCGUAGUUCGUCGGCCCUUAAAACUCACAACAAUGCCGUCCAUGUUACAAAGCGCUUCAAGUGCCCGUCGUGCACCUACGUGUCCAACAAGCGCAGCAAUUUGACCACACACAUUGCCGCCAUUCAUACCUUGGUGCGCCACCACUGUCAGCAGUGCGACAAGUGCUUCUCGUUCCCUGGGGAUCUGUCGCAGCACGUCAAACGGACGCACAACCAGAUCGGCUACUCGUGUACCCUAUGCGCACGGCUGUACAAGACGCCGUCUGAUCUGGCCAAGCAUGUCGACCGCGUCCACCAUCGAGUCAUUCAUCGGUGCACGUACUGCAGCCUGGUGUGCGUGACGCAGAUUCAGCUCCACCAGCACCAUUACGACGCGCACAACCUCACGCGCCACCACUGCCAGUACUGCAUGGCAAGCUACCAAGAGCGCACUGGCCUCGAGCGGCACAUGCGUUCAGCCCACACGAGCGAGAUCAGCAACGACGAGAGCGUCGAACGAAACGCCUCCUGA